AUUUUCUUGUUCUCUUUUUCACACUUUUUGGUGCUUGCUUGAAUUGAUGUUGCAGGUAUAUUUUACAGUGUAUGAGCAGCUCAAAAACUAUCUUUGUUUUAAUGAUCAGAAGCAACAUCUCUCAGUAGGCGCUAACAUGCUAGCUGCUUCUGGUGCUGGAGCUGCUACAACCUGUUUUACAAAUCCUCUUUGGGCUGUGAAGACUAGACUUCAAACUCCAGGAAUGAGAGCAGGAGUGGUUCCCUAUAGGAGUACGCUUUCUGCUUUUAGGAUAAUAGCUCAUGAGGAGGGUAUUCGGGGUCUAUACAGUGGACUCGUCCCUGCAUUAGCAGGUAUUAGUCAUGUUGCCAUUCAGUUUCUAACAUACAAGAAGAUCAAAUUCUAUUUAGCUAAUCAAGAUAACACUCCGGUGGAUAAACUCGGUGCACGGGACGUUACUGUUGCAUCAUCAGUUUCUAAAAUAUUUGCAUCCACAUUGACUUAUCCACAUGAGGUGGUACGUUCAAGGUUUCAGGAACGGGGACAUCACUCGGAGAAAUGCUAUUCUGGUGUGGCGGAUUGUAUCCGAAAAGUGUUUCAGCAAGAAGGGUUUGCUGGAUUCUACCGUGGGUGCGCAACGAAUCUUAUUCAGACCACGCCUGCAGCUGUGAUCACCUUCACCAGUUUUGAGAUGAUUCAUCGAUUUCUUAUCAAUCUUUUUCCUUCUGAUCCAGAGCCUCACCCGUUAUGAGGUGCGUCAUGCUCAACCAAGGAUAUAGCCAGUCUCCCGCAUAAGACCGGGAAGCAUUCCGUCAUCUUGGUAGUGAUACAUUGUCACAGUUUGUAUUUUUUCUGGUAGAGUUUUAGCAAAAUUCAUUCCUUCAUCUUCUCAUCUUAGUCCGGUGAGAUCAAAGGCUCUGACUUCCGAGGA